AUGGGUUCAAAGAUGAAGGUGGCAUGCUUGUUGCUCUUGGGGCUCACCCUGAGGUUUGGGGCCACCAUUGUGAAGCCGGAAGAAGGUAGCUUUUGCUCUAAGAGCCAGGUGGCCUUCAGAGAUGCUUGUUAUGAAUUUGUACCACUUGGACGUACGUUCCAUGGGGCCCAGGGCUGGUGUGAAGGGCAGGGAGGCCAUUUGGUCUUCAUUCCAGAUGAAGGUACCCAGCAGUUUCUUCAGAUGCACAUCUCCCAGGACAGAGAAUGGUGGAUUGGACUCACAGGAACCUCAGCACCCAAUGGGACCUCAGCAGGGCCCGGGACAUGGUUGGACACCUCAAAUGUGAGCUACAGCAACUGGCAAGGCAGCCAGGCGGCACCUGCGCCCCACAGCUGUGGCUACAUCAGGAGAGGCCCCUCCUCUGACUGGGCAGUGUCAGAGGACUGCACCGAGGCCUUUGCCUUUGUCUGCGAGUUUGGGGUUGGCCAGAGCCUGGCCUGUGAGGGCUUCAAUGCCACCAUGCACUGUGGCUCAGGAGAGGUCAUCCGGAUGCAGGAUGCCUUCUAUGGGCGGCAGACCCCCUAUUACUGCACCCAGGGCACCUGGGGUCCCUCAGACCUGGAGGAGGAAUGCAGCUGGGCCAAUGUCAAGGAGGAAGUGGCAGGCCAGUGCCAAGGGCUGCAGGUAUGCCAGGUGGCAGCAGAUGGGGCCUACUUUGGAGACCUGUGCCCCACUCAGGGCAGCUACCUGUGGGUCCAGUACCAGUGCCAAGAAGGUCUGCGGCUGGUGCUGCCCACGGAGAGUUUCAUCUUUGACAAUGUCACCCUCUCUCUAACGUGGCUCCUCUCACCCUACAUUGGAAACCUGUCCUGUAUGCUUAGCAUGGGAGAUGGACACACUUUGGAUCCCUACUAUCCUCCCAGUGUGUCCAGUCGUGUGACCCACCAGUACACAUCUCCAGGAGAAUUCACUGUGUUUGUUGAGUGCACAACAAGCGAGUGGCACGUAACAGCUCAGAAGCAAGUGACUGUCCGAGACAACAUGGGAAGGCUGAGCGUCACCGGGUGUGCUGGCCUGUUCCACUCUAGAGCCAGCCCCGUCUGCCAGGCUGUCUUUGGGGAUCCCCUGUGGCUUCAGGUGGAGCUUGAUGGAGGGACAGGGGUGACUUACACUGUGCUCUGGGAUAACAUAACUCUGGCUGAGUUUGCCACCCAAAAGGGCUCGAUGCCCCACAAUCUCACGCUGACCAGAGAAACGCAGGAGCUCAUGGGUCCAGGGACGCACCUCCUAGAGAUCCAGGCCAUCAGCAAUGGCACCACCUCCGCAUCUUCUGGAAACGUCACGGUCCACUUUGUGGAGUUAUUAUCGGGGCUGCAGGCCUCCUGGACUUCCGACCACAUGCAGCUCGGCCAGGACUUACUGAUCAAUGUCUCAGUGGCUCACGGCAUCCCUGAUGAGCUAACCUUUGAGGUGGUGGGACUCGAUGUAAAGUUCUCCCAGAAGGAAGAGCACACUGGAGAGCUCCCUGGGACUUACCCUGUAGUGCUUCCUGUUGAAGGUACCUUUCUGGUCACUGUGUUGGUACGGAACACCUUCUCAAACUUGAGCUUGGAGGUCGGGAACAUCACUGUCACAGGCAAGGCGUUUGUGUUACAGGGAGUCUCGUGCAUGGAGAACCCAUAUGCCCUUUCCGCCUCCUUCAAUUGUUCUGGGAUUCUGCCCUGUGGGAGCUUCCCCGGGCUCCUGGACCUGCGUACAAAGAGAGACAAAGGGGAUUUGGAGGUGUAUGUCAAGCCUGGUCUGUACGUGGAUCCUUUCACAACAGUCACUCUGGGCUGGCCAGCUGAUGACGAGGACUUCCGCUUCCGCUGGUCCUGUGGGCGCUGCUGGGAUCAGUGGAGCAACUGUGUGGAAAGGCAGCAGCUCCACACAGCCCAGAGGGAACUGGUGAUCCCGCCAUCCUGCCUGCCACCACCCGGAUCCGCUGUCACCUUGCGCCUGGCCAUCCUAAGGGGCCAGGAGCUAGAGAAGGAGACGGAGCAGUGCCUCUACGUGUCUGCUCCUCUGGACCUCGAGCCCCGAGUCAGCUGUGAGCAGAACUGCCAGCUGGCGGAUGCCAAUGAAGAUGUUCUGCUCAGAGUCACCUUGGGAGAGGACACCUCAGCAGCCACAUUCAGCUGGUACUUGGACAGCUCCUCACCAGACAAGGCUGAGCCCCUCCCUGCUGUCUGCAGACUCACAGGGUUCCAGACACGCUCUCUGACCCUUCUUCAAGGGGACACCUCCACGCUGCUGCUCAACAGCAGCUCCCUGCAGACCUGGGGACAGGUCCUCUGGAUCAGGGUCACAGCGCUGACCAGGCAGGCCUAUGGGGAGGACACCUAUGUGAUCAGCGCUCUGCCUACACCUGUGGUACCCACCUGUGUGAUUGCCCCAGAGGAGGGCACUGUACUGACCCGCUUUGCCAUUCUCUGUACGGCCUCCAUGGUCCUAGAGCCCCUGGAGUAUUGCUUCUGUCUAGACUCAGGUUCCUGUCUACACUGUGGCCCUGAACCAGCCCUCCCAUCUGUGUACCUACCACUUGGAAAAGACAACAAAGACUUUGUGCUGACAGUGAUCAUUUCUGUCACCAACCAGGCAGGGGAAAGACAGCAGACCCAUGCAAUGGUGAAGGUGGGACUCGGGGACACAGGUAUUAAGGAGGGGGAAUUCCAGGUUGCCAUGUUGGAAAGGGUCACUGCUGCUCUACAAGGUGAGCAUGGCCCUGAGCAACUUCUCCAGCUGGCCAAGUCUCUGUCCUCCGUGCUGAACCAAGAGGACCUAGGCCAGGACUCUGGGCAACUGCUAACAAUGGACACAAGACAGAAGGUCAGAGAACUUGUACUGCAGUCACUGUCCAAGGUCAUCGGCAGCCUGGAGGACAUGCAGAGUGUGCAGGGGCUGGCUGAGGUGUUGAGGGAGCUGACCCACCUCAGUGAAGAGCUCACACCCUCUGCCCAGUGGGUGGCUAGCCGGGCUUUGCAGCAGGCCAGUGAAGUCCUGUUGACAGCAAGUACCAAGGCCCGUCCUGAGGACCAGAGGCGCCAGGCAGCCACCAGGGGCUUGCUUUGGGCGGUGGGCAAUAUACUGGAAGCUUUCCCGAGCAACCAACCAGAAGAGCCCAUGGACGCCAACAGCAGCCAGGUUCCUACACUAGCCCGGAUGCUUGAGGCUGUGGAGCGUGUACAGACCUCCCUCCUGCUGGGCACACUUCCCGGGGCCCUUCCAGCCACCCUGGCUACACCCUCCAUCUCCGUGUACACAAACAGAAUACAGCCACGGACUUGGCGAGGCUCCUCCGUGUUUAUUGCUGCCACCGACUCUGCAACCUUCUCUCUGCCUGCCUCCUCCCUCUGGCCCAUAGAGGAUGACAGCGAGCCUGUGGAUAUCAGGAUGACGAGUUUCCCCAAGAGCCCCUUCCCAGCCGGGAGUCGCUUUGACAUCAGUGGAACUGUUGGUGGACUUCUCGUGACCAGCCCUGGUGGACAGCCCAUCCCUGUGAAGAACCUGUCUGAGAAUAUUGAGAUCCUGCUGCCCCGGCAUUUGGAAGGACUCAAUGAGCCAACCGUGCUGGACCUGGCUGCUCCCGGGACUCUGUGGGUGAAUGUGACUGCAGGGGGAGCCGCUCUGGGGAUCCAGCUACAUGGGAGACCCUACCUCCCGCUCACACUCAGUCUUGGCUAUGGCUACCACCCCAAUGAGACUAGCUAUGAUGCCCAAACUCAUCUACCACCAGCAGCUGUUCCAGGUGAGCUGUCUACCUGGAUCCUGGGCCCAGCAGACCUGCCCUUAGGGGAGGGUAUCUACUACCUGACUGUGGUCCCCGAAUCCAACCUGAAGCCAGACCCUGGCAAAGCCCUCACAGUUGGUGUCACCACCUUCCUGUCCCAUUGUGUGUUCUGGGAUGAGGUCCAGGAGACUUGGGACAACUCUGGCUGCCAGGUGGGGCCGCGGACCACAGCCUCCCAGACACACUGCCUCUGCAACCACCUCACCUUCUUUGGAAGCACCUUCCUGGUGAUGCCCAAUGCUGUGGAUGUCCACCAGACUGCUGAACUCUUCGCCACCUUUGAGGAUAACCCCGUGGUUGUGACCACCGUGGGCUGCCUCUGCCUGGUCUACGUGUUGGUGGUGAUCUGGGCUAGGAGAAAAGAUGCAGAGGAUCAGGCCAAGGUGAAAGUCACGGUGCUGGAGGACAACGACCCCUUCGCCCAGUACCACUACCUGGUGACAGUCCACACGGGACACCGGCGGGGAGCAGCUACAUCCGCAAAGGUGACCAUCACCCUGUAUGGCCUGGAUGGAGAAAGUGAUCCCCACCACCUGUCAGACCCCGACUUCCCAGUGUUUGAGCGAGGGGGAGUGGAUGUCUUCCUGCUUUCCACCCUUUUCCCCCUGGGAGAACUGCAGAGCCUCAGGCUGUGGCAUGACAACUCAGGGGACCAGCCAUCCUGGUAUGUGAGCCGCGUGCUGGUGUAUGACCCAGCGACGGACCAGAAGUGGUAUUUCCUCUGCAAUUCCUGGCUGUCCAUUGAUAUUGGAGACUGUGUUCUUGACAAGGUGUUUCCAGUGGCCACGGAGCAGGACAGGAAGCAGUUCAGCCACCUGUUUUGCAUGAAAACCUCUGCGGGCUUCCAGGAAGGACACAUCUGGUAUUCCAUCUUCAGCCGCUCGGCUCGGAGCAGCUUCACACGAGUGCAGAGGGUGUCCUGCUGCUUCUCCCUGCUCCUCUGUACCAUGCUGACCAGUAUCAUGUUCUGGGGUGUCCCCCAGCACCCUGCUGAGCAGAAGAUGGACUUGGGUAAAAUUGAGUUCACUUGGCAGGAAGUGAUGAUUGGGCUGGAGAGCUCCGUCCUCAUGUUCCCCAUCAACCUCCUGAUCGUCCAGAUCUUUCGAAAUGCCCGUCCUCGGGUCACAAAGGAGCAGAACACUGGGAACCAGGGUGGCAGGACCACUAGCCCGACUUCCUCACCACAGUCCAUUGACGAUGUCCUUCUGACUCCUGACGAAGUGACCAAGGAUAUGAGGAGACUCGUCAGCUUACUGUUUAAAGCUCUGAAGGUGCCAUCGCCAGCUUCAAGCUGGAAUUCCUCAAGAGCGAUGGAGCUCAACGACCUCCUGGCCUUGGUGGAAGACAUCGUUUGUCCAGAGAACAGGGCAGGGCGGGGGCUCUGUGAAGAAGCCAGGAAGAGCAAGGACCCUGUCACACUCACUCUUGGAUCUAUGCAAGUAGAAGGGAAAACACGACACCCCAAGCCUGAGCUGGCCUCGAGUGCCCUUUGGAAGGACAGUACCUACAGGCAGUGUCUCUACCUUCAGCUGGAGCAUGUGGAGAAGGAGCUGAGGCUGGUGGUGCCUCGGGCCUUCCCACAGCACCACAGCUAUGCUCAGGCCCUCAGGCAGCUGCAGACCUUGAAACGCUGUCUCGGAGGAGAGUGUGGCCCCUGGGUCCCAGCACAUACCAGAAUUCCUCGGGCCAGCAGGCCCCUUCGAGGUCUGCCCUGGUGGUGUGUCCUGGUGGGCUGGCUCCUGGUGGCAGCCACAAGUGGUGUGGCGGCCUUCUUCACCAUGCUGUACGGCCUGCACUACGGGCACGCCAGCUCUCUCAGGUGGCUCAUCUCCAUGGCUGUCUCCUUUGUGGAGAGUGUGUUCAUCACACAGCCACUGAAGGUACUAGGCUUUGCUGCUUUCUUUGCACUGGUCUUGAAGAGAGAAGACGAGGUGGACAAUGUAUCCUUGCUGCAGGAACAUCUGCAUGGCCCAGGCCCCUGUGCCAGGUCCCGAAUGCGCAGACACAGCAGCAAGGACUACCAGCCACCUCUUGCCGCUGCUGUUGAGAGGAUGAAAACCACUCGCCUCAAGGAACAGAAGGCCUAUGCCCUCAUCAGAGAAGUCGUGGCAUACCUGGGCUUCCUGUGGAUGCUGCUGCUGGUGGCCUACGGGCAGAGGGAUCCCAGUGCUUACCACUUCAACAGGCACCUUGAGCACAGCUUCACACAAGGCUUCUCCGCUGUCCUGGGCUUCCAGGGGUUCUUCGAAUGGGCCAAUACUACCCUCAUGAACAACCUGUAUGGUCAUCACCCAGGCUUUGUCACUGAUGGGAACUCCAAACUGGUUGGCAGUGCCCACGUUCGCCAAGUGAGGGUCCGGAAAAGCUCCUGUCCGCUUGCCCAGCAGCUGCAGGCUUCCUUUGAUGGAUGCCACGCCCCCUAUUCCUUGGAUGUUGAAGACCUGGCAGACUACGGGGAAGGCUGGACGGCCUCUGCCCCUAAUACCAGCAGUGACUUCCGCCAGGCUUGGGAGUACCAGAGCCAGCGUCAGCGUCGGGGCUAUCCCAUGUGGGGCAAACUCACAGUGUACGGGGGAGGAGGCUAUGUGGUCCCCCUGGGGACCGAUCGCAAAAACGCGUCAAGACUACUCCAGUAUCUCUUUGACCACACCUGGCUGGACACCCUGACCAGGGCUGUGUUUGUGGAGUUCACUGUCUACAAUGCCAAUGUUAACCUGUUCUGCAUUGUCACACUCAUGCUGGAGACCAGUGCUCUGGGGACUUUCUUCACACAUGCAACCCUGCAGAGCCUGCGUCUGUACCCCUUCACCGAUGGCUGGCACCCCUUCGUGGUGGCAGCAGAGCUGCUUUACUUCAUCUUCCUCUUCUACUACAUGGUGGUGCAGGGCAAGCUCAUGAAGAGGCUGAAGUGGGGCUAUUUCAGCAGCAAGUGGAACCUUCUAGAACUGGCCAUCAUCCUGGCCAGCUGGAGUGCUCUGGCGGUGUUUGUAAAGAGGGCUGUGCUGGCAGAGCGUGACCUGCAGUACUACCGGGAGCACAGGGCAGGAGGGAUCAGCUUCAGUGAGACAGCAUCAGCCGAUGCUGCCCUCGGAUACAUCAUUGCCUUCCUGGUACUCCUGUCCACGGUGAAGCUUUGGCACCUGCUCAGGUUGAAUCCCAAAAUGAGCAUGAUCACGUCGGCUCUUUGCCGGGCCUGGGGUGACAUUUCAGGCUUUACCACCGUCAUCGUUAUCAUGUUCCUGGCCUAUUCCAUUGCGUCAAACUUAAUAUUUGGAUGGCAACUCCAUUCCUACAAAAGCCUCUUUGAUGCAGCAGAGACACUGAUCAGCCUUCAGCUAGGGAUCUUCAACUAUGAAGAGGUGCUGGACUAUAGCCCUGUGCUUGGUUCCCUCCUCAUUGGGUCCUGCAUUGUGUUUUUGACGUUUGUGGUGCUGAAUCUGUUUAUCUCUGUCAUUCUGGUGGCCUUCAGUGAAGAACAAAAACAAGAUCAGCUGUCAGAGGAAGGAGAGAUUGUGGAUCUGCUCCUGGAAAAGAUGCUCAGCUUCCUGGGUGUUGGAUGUAAAAGAGAGAUGCCUUAG